AUGUGGUCGUCGCCUUUACUUCUUUCUCUUACCAGUGUUUUUGGCCUUCUUGGCUUAGCACUUGUCGCAUUGGCUAUAUCAACCGAUAAUUGGAUCGAAUAUCAGGUGAAUAGAAAAGAAAUUAUAAAUGCUAUCAGUCGUCAGAGUGAAUUAAAUUCGAGACUGAAAGAUAACGUCGUUCGAAAUCCGUUAUAUUUCUCUCGUAAUUAUGGCAUAUUUUGCGUAUGCUUCUCAGAUGCUGUUCCCUCGGGAAUCGGAAGCUUCUCAAAACUUGGUUCACCAUGCAUUUGGAUUGACAAUUAUCACCCUUCAGAUGCACAAUUUGAGAAAUUCAGUAAUAUACAAAGCUAUCAUUAUUAUGCCUUGUGGGGAGCAGCUAUACUUUACUUAAUUGGUAUUGGAAUAUUUUUAUUUUGUUCUGUGCUUGGUAUGAUCGGUUGCUGGCGACGCAGUACGAAAACCAUUCUUACAACAGCGCUUUUAAUGUUGUUUUCAGGUUAG